UGUCAAAAAAAUAUUUAAUAAUCGUUUUAUGGUUUUAUUUUUUAUUUGAAAAAUUAAUGAAAGAGCAAAAUGUCGUUAUUCAAUAAACCAAAGCGAAAUAUCCGACGUCGGCACUUGAAUGAUGAAGAAGAAGACAAUGAAAAUAGAUCGAUUGAAAAUGAUGAGAUGCAGAAUUUAAAAAAUAAAAUGAAAAAAAAAGACAGACCAAAACAAACUCUUCUUAGUUUCGGAGAAGAAUUGGAAGAAGCUGAUGAUGGUGAAGUUUUCAAAGUGAAGAAAUCAUCUAGAAGUAGAAGACUGAUGAAGCAACUCGAUCAGGAGAGAAAGAAAAAGAAAGGUGAAGAGAAAACACAAGUGAACUCUGACUCAACAAAUAUAUCUAAUAAGCAAGAAAAAGAUUUAGAAAUUAAAACAGAUGAUUUAGUAGUUAAAAUAAAGAAUACUGGACCCAUAGUUUUAAAUGGUCGUGAUGCUCUUGUAGCUGGUAAAGAUGACUAUACAUCAGAAGAUGAAUUAGUGGAAAAUCAAGGACAUAAAUUUAAAAAAAAAAAAAAUAGAUCAGAAAAUAUGAAAUUCUUUCUUGAAAGUGGUUGUAUACCAGAUGCUGCCAUGAUUCAUGCAGCAAGAAAACGCAGACAAAAAGCAAGAGAAUUAGGUCAUGACUACAUCCCAAUAGAAGAAAAAGGAGAUGAAAAAGGAAUUUCAAGAAUAGUUCGAGAAGAAGAUCAAGAUCGAAGCGAUGAUGAUUCUCAAGAAAGAGUAAAUAUGACUGUGGAUAUAAAUGCUCUUGACAAAGAGAAACGCCGCCAAGCUUUUCUUGAAUCACAGACGCAAAUAGCAAAACUUUCGGAUGAACAAAGUGAGCCUGAAGAAGAAGAAUGGGAAGUUCAACAAAUAAAGAAAGGUGUUACUGGGGCGCAGAUUGCAGCUGCCCAACAAGAUUCUAUACAAUAUAAUUCACUGGUAAUGGGUUCCAAUCAAAUGUCAGAAUCCAAACUUUCAUUGAUUAUUUCUAAUGCAAUUCCAACAGCACCACCACCUCCUAUGAUACAGCCUCCAGAUCCUACAAAAAGUAUUCCAAUUACUGUCGAAGAAGUAUUAACUAAAAUAAGAGAAAAAUUGAACAAUUUACGAGAAGUUCAUCGACGACACGAAUUAAAUUUUGAAGCAGUAAUGGAGGAAUUGGAUCAAAGUAAGAAAGAAUUACAAGAAGGAGAAACUUUAGCACCAGAGAUGGCUCAACGCUACAAAUAUUACCAAGAGUUGCGUGGCUGCCUAUGGUUGCCGCAUUGGAGACCCGUUGGAUAGACUUACAUGGAGAUCGAUCAACUGAGUUAAUGGAAAGGCGUAGGCAA